GAGGGACCUUGUGUCGCGGGACGGGUUGGCCAGCUGGGGCGCCGAGCCGGGAGGAGGAGGCAGCAGCAGCAGCAGCCCUCGGAGCAGCAGCAGCAGCAGCAGCAGCAGCAGCAGAAACAAGUACCAGCCACACAGCGGCUCCUCCGGCCCAAGCAGCCACAGUCCCCCGGCCGCGAUGGCGCUGCAAAGCCCGGCGAGCGAGGAAGCCAAGGGGCCCUGGCAGGAGGCAGACCAGGAACAGCAGGAGCCGGUGGCUAGCCCAGAACCGGAGCCAGAACCUGAACCCGAGCCGGUGCCAGUACCUCCGCCCGAGCCCCAGCCGGAGCCCCAGCCCUUGCCGGACCCCGCGCCCCUGCCAGAACUGGAGUUUGAGCCCGAGCCGGUGCACGAACCCGAGCCCACGCCUACGGUGGAGACUCGCGGCGCCGCGCGCGGCUUCCAGCCUCCAGAAGGUGGCUUCGGCUGGGUGGUGGUGUUCGCUGCCACCUGGUGCAACGGCUCCAUCUUCGGCAUUCAUAACUCCGUCGGGAUCCUCUACUCCAUGCUGCUAGAGGAGGAAAAAGAGAAAAAUCGCCAAGUGGAGUUCCAAGCAGCAUGGGUAGGAGCCCUUGCGAUGGGUAUGAUCUUCUUCUGCUCUCCCAUUGUGAGUAUAUUCACUGACCGUUUGGGCUGCCGAAUCACAGCAACCGCAGGGGCUGCAGUUGCUUUCAUUGGCCUCCAUACCAGCUCCUUCACCAGCUCCCUAAGCCUGCGCUACUUCACCUAUGGAAUUCUCUUUGGUUGUGGCUGUUCCUUCGCCUUUCAGCCAUCCCUCGUCAUCUUGGGCCACUACUUCCAACGCCGCCUGGGUCUAGCCAAUGGUGUGGUGUCUGCUGGGAGUAGCAUCUUCUCCAUGUCAUUCCCCUUCCUCAUCAAAAUGCUGGGGGAUAAAAUCAAGCUGGCUCAAACUUUUCAGGUGCUGAGUACCUUCAUAUUUGUUCUUAUGCUGCUUUCACUCACCUACCGGCCCCUCCUGCCCAGCUCCCAGGACACCCCAAGCAAGAGAGGUGUCCGCACCCUGCACCAGCGCUUUCUGGCUCAGCUCAGGAAGUACUUCAACAUGCGAGUGUUCCGCCAACGCACCUACCGCAUCUGGGUCUUCGGGAUUGCUGCUGCUGCCCUUGGCUACUUUGUUCCCUAUGUACACCUGAUGAAGUAUGUGGAAGAAGAGUUCUUGGAAAUCAAGGAGACCUGGGUGCUCUUGGUGUGUAUCGGGGCUACCUCAGGCCUUGGGCGUCUUGUGUCAGGCCAUAUCAGUGACUCCAUUCCUGGACUUAAGAAGAUCUACUUGCAGGUCCUCUCCUUCCUGCUCCUGGGCCUGAUGUCCAUGAUGAUUCCUCUGUGCCGAGACUUUGGGGGCCUCAUCGUCGUCUGCCUUUUCCUAGGCCUCUGCGAUGGCUUCUUCAUCACAAUCAUGGCCCCCAUCGCAUUUGAGCUGGUUGGCCCAAUGCAGGCCUCACAGGCCAUUGGCUACCUCUUGGGCAUGAUGGCCCUGCCAAUGAUUGCUGGGCCCCCCAUUGCAGGCCUCCUCCGCAACUGUUUUGGGGACUACCACGUGGCCUUCUACUUUGCUGGUGUACCCCCCAUCAUUGGGGCUGUAAUCCUCUUCUUCGUCCCUCUGAUGCAUCAAAGGAUGUUCAAGAAAGAGCAGAGGGAUUCCAGCAAGGAUAAGAUGUUGACCCCUGACCCAGACCCCAAUGGGGAACUACUGCCAGGCUCCCCCACCCCUGAAGAACCAAUCUAAUGCCUCUUUUCUUGCCAUUGUGUGCUCCUCCCCAAGCCCUUUCCCUUCACUCCCACCCUGCUCAGCAUUUACACUUUUGCCACCAGCACGCUUGUUCCCAAACCUGUGCACACAGCAUUUCAGCCACCUGACCAUCCCCUUGGAGCCAAAGCUCCAGGUGUUCCAAACUCAUUAACCAAAUUCUCCCCAUGAAUGCCUUUAAACUUACCAGGGCCCUUCUUCCGGGAUAUGGGAAAGCUUGGGAUCACCCCUGGCCUUUGGAACCUCUCCAUAUACUUUCUAACCCCUAGGAAAAGAGGAGGAUGGGACCUCCUGGCCCCAGCUUGUUAGUCACCCACUGAAAUCAACUGCCAAAGGUGCUACUGUGUCCCCAGGAGCUUAGUAGAGGAGACUCAAGCCUCUGUUUGCUGAGGAGUUCAUUGCCAUACAUCUUUGGGAGCCACUGGAGCGGGUAGGGAGGCAAAAUGAGACAAGGAGCCUUGUUUAGCUUCAGUUUCUGAGGCUUGUGGCUUCUCAAGAGCUGUAUACAGGUAGUACCUCCAUACAGUUGGUUAACAGUCUGCUCCCCUCUUCUCUUCCUUCUUUUUUUCCUCUACUGCCUCCUGUCCAUUCUCUUCCCCCUCUAUUCCUUUUUAUAACUGUCACAUAUGGGUGCUUGAAGAAAGGAGGGACCCGGAGCUUGGGCCAAUCAACCUCACUUUGGUCCAGUCCAUCCCCAACACUACCAUCAAUCCCACUCAUCUCAGGCUGAGCCAUGUCUCACUUUUUGGCUCAAGCUGAUAUAAUCACAGACUGGAAGAAUAGAAUAUCAUAUAGGGAAGGGGCCUUAAACACCACAUAGUUUUAUGUUCCAUUCACUUAUUUUUACAGAUUUUCCAGGGCAAUACAUUAACCUGGAGGCCUGCCCAGCUCCCCAUUCUUGUAUCCACCUUCAAAAUGUGAAGAAACCCCUUUCAUCUCAGCAGGCAGAGGAAGACUUAUGACAGUGAGCUGGCAUGGUGGGGUAGGGACAGUGGCUAUUGACAUGGUGAAAUAUUAACUUCUCCAUCUCUCAGUUUUCAUCACAGGUUACUAUUUCCACCUGGGCCAGCCUAGGAAAGGGACUGUUUCAGGAAAAAAACAAAGAUAAACAAACAAAUAAACAUUCCUAGCCUGGAUCCCAAAAAGGUACAGGCAGAAGCUGCACAUAGGGUUGGACAAUAUCCCUUAGGAAGGGGAAGCCAUUUUAGCCUUUACCACCCUAUGUGUUUCCUAUGCUAAGCAUCCUAAGCCACUCUGCUUAGCGGGCAUUAAAGGGGCCAUGAAAAAUAGACUCUAGACCUCCUUCAUCCCUCUGAAGUAGGUGCCAGAUGUUUCCCUAAGCCCAGGCUUUGGGCAACAGUCUUACUGAAGAGCAUUCCCAGUGCCCCAGCUAAGGGCAGAGGGUACUGCCAAGCUGUGUUCAGCAGCACAGCUCACCUCAUUAGGAACUCAGCCUUUCUCCUCACUCUGCUUCUUUGUGUCUCUUCUUCCCCCUCUCUGGGCCUUUGUCUAUUGUGUUUCUGUCACCCACCCUUUCAUCAUCUUUUUUCCAGGCAUUCCUGGCUGUCACUUGGAGCCAACAGUAACUUGCCACCCCUAGGCCAGGGUCAUCCCAGGGCCAGGAGGAUGAGGUUGCCCUGAAGGGCUCCAAAGAAGACAAUGGUCUCCACCCAUGAGUUUUUCCGUUACAAACAGGCAGCUGGGGCAUGGCUGGCCUCUGAUGGUUUUAUUCAAGGCCAAAGCCUUGAGCCCCCUCCGCUGGUCCCAGUCCAGCUCUUACCAACUCCCCAAAGGAAGACCCACUAGUUCUUGGUUCUGAGGGUAGGGAAGUGGCCUAGAAGGGGCCUAGUUACUGUUCUAUCAGUUCCAACAGCAGUGGAACAGCAGAAGCUGGGACCUAGGAGCCCUGUAACACCCAGGAGAGACCACUGGAAAUACUGGAGCAACAAUGCCCCUGCUUCUAUUCCUCCCUGCCACACUCCCACCAAGUCACUGGAGAGCAGUUCUGCAGGGUCUCCUUUGUUGCUCAUGGCAUGGAAAAUUCUUAAGAAUCAGGCUGCCAUCCACUUCUCUCCAGGUCCCAAAUCCACUCAUUCAGGAGUCAUAUAACAUGGUGGGGUGUCAAUUUAUUUCUUCCACACAUGUGGAUGUGUAUGCGUGAGCUUGUGUGCUUUUGGAGAGAAUGUUGAUUGUCAAAGCAGCACAGUAUUAAUGCUUAGAGUAGGAUGGUAGCCUCUUAUGCACCACAGUUAAAUCUAGGAGAACGAACAAAAUUUCUGAGCUUGAGACAUGGGACAUUUAAAUCCUCAAGGGGUUUGGAACAAAAUAAACAGAUCUAAAAAUUUG